AAACAAUUGUGACACCUAUACUUACUGUUCCCUCCAGUUUCUCUCUCUCUAAAACCAGUCCUCGUAAAGACCAAACCUUUUUUAUUACUCUCUCUCUCUCUCCAUCGACCAGACCAAAACAAAGGCUUUCUUCACUCUUUCUCUUUUCUCCCCACUGUCAGAUUUUGAAUGUAGCAAACAACAUCAAGCCCAAGAAAUGUCUAAAAUACCCUUCUUCCUCUGUUUUGCUACCAUCCUCCUCUCCUCCUCCGCCGAACAACCUCUCCACUCUCGCCACUUACUCCACCAACCCUUUUUCCCUAUCAUCACCGCCGCUCCACCACCGUACCAACCACCACCACCAACCUCCUCCGAACCCCCCUCGCCUUCCCCACACUCCCACCACAACCACAAGACACCUCCACCUCACGAGAAACACCUCUUCUCCUCCCUCUCAAACCCUCCUCCACCUCCUCCCUCUCCACCUCAUCCAAGCACUUUCUUCCCCUCUUCCGACCCAUCCUCCACCCCUUCCCACCCUCCACCAUCACCUCCUCCCUCCUCUCCACACCGCCCAUCUCCACUCGCUACUUUUCCCGCCAACAUCUCCUCCCUCCUCUUCCCAACAAACAACAAACCUCACAACCACCACACAGCCAAACUCGUCGCCGUAACCAUCUCCCUCCUCUCCGCCACCUUCCUCCUCUCUCUCCUCGCCGUCGUCACCGUCUUCCUCCGCCGCAACCGCCGCGCCUCCUCCCCCAAAUCCACAAAAUCAGACGCUCGCCACCUCUUUAACACCACUCCUUCCGACGGCUCCUUGAAACACAAACAGCCACCGAAGUACACUUCUUCCAACACCUCCUCUGAGUUUCUCUACUUGGGGACUUUGGUUAACUCCGGUUUAGACCAGCAGAAGUCUCCCAUCUCAGUCUCUGGAAGCGUCGCCGGCGUCUUGGAGUUGCCACCACCGGCUCAAGCCUCUUCGUCUUCCUCUUCUUCUUACUCACAGUACCAGAAGCUUGGCUCCCCGGAGCUCCGUCCUCUCCCUCCUUUACCGAAGCUUCCGGUUUACUCUCCUAAUUACAGAAGCACUGAGCUGUUGAACCCUAAAAGACAAGACCUUGACGGAGACGACAACGAAAACGACGAGUUUUACUCUCCGAGUGGAUCUCCGGGUCGUAAACAGAGCCCGCCACGUGUCUGGGCAAGCAUAAAGGAGGAUUCUUGUGUUAACGGCUCGAACUCUGGUUCUGUGUCUUCAUCGAAUGGUUCUCCGGCAAAACCUAAGUCUGCUCUUAGUCCUCGUGUCUCGCUGAACAGUCAGAACAGCUCAAACGGCAGCGUUUCGAAGAGACCUGUUCCAACAAGACCACCACCUCCUCCUCCGCCUCCGCAGCAGCAUAUUCAUGAGCUUCCGGAUGCUACCACGUCGCCUCCUUCUGAUUCGGACAAGAAAGAGGAGACCUUGAAGACAAAGUUGAAGCCUUUACAUUGGGACAAAGUUAGAGCAAGCUCGAGCCGUGUUACUGUGUGGGACCAAAUCAAGUCAAACUCUUUCCAAGUGAAUGAAGAAAUGAUAGAGACGUUGUUCAGAGCUAAUGAUCCAACUUCAAGAACAAAGGACUCUGUAACUACAGGUGUUAUUCAAUCUGUGAAUCAGGAGAAUCAGUUUCUUGAUCCAAGAAAGUCUCACAACAUUGCUAUUUUGCUUAGAGCUCUUAAUGUAACUGCUGAUGAAGUAUGUGAAGCUCUUGUAGAAGGUAACUCGGAUGCGCUUGGAUCCGAGCUACUCCAAUGCCUGCUUAAGAUGGCACCUACCAAAGAAGAGGAAGACAAGCUUAAGGAGCUUAAAGAAGUUGAUGAUGAGUCUCCUUCCAAGAUUGGACCUGCAGAGAAAUUCCUUAGAGCGUUACUCAACAUUCCUUUGGCUUUCAAGAGGAUCAAUGCUAUGCUUUACAUUGUCAACUUCGAAUCAGAAACUGAGUACCUUAAAAGAUCCUUCCACACUCUCGAGGCUGCUUGUGGUGAGUUAAAGAAGACUAGGAUGUUCCUGAAGCUACUAGAAGCGGUUCUCAAGACCGGGAACCGGAUGAAUAUAGGGACUAAUAGAGGAGACGCGCACGCUUUCAAGCUUGACACACUCUUGAAGCUGGUUGAUAUCAAAGGAGCAGAUGGGAAGACCACCUUAUUGCACUUUGUGGUUCAAGAGAUCAUAAAAUCAGAAGGAGCUCGUGUCUCCACUACUCCAACUCAAAGCCCUGUAGGAGACAACAUAGCCGAGCAGACAGCCUUCCAUGACGACCUAGAGCUCAAGAAACUUGGGUUGCAAGUUGUCUCAGGUCUCAGCUCUCAGUUAACAAACGUCAAGAAAGCAGCUGCAAUGGACUCAAACUCCGUCGUCAACGAAGCAGCUGAACUCGCUAAGGGGAUAACAAAAGUCAAGGAAGUAAUCAUAGAGCUAAAGCAAGAAACAGGUGUAGAGAGGUUCUUGGAGUCAAUGAACUCUUUCUUGAACAAAGCUGAGAAGGAGAUCACAGAGAUACAAUCACAUGGAGACAAUGUCAUGAAGAUGGUUAAAGAAGUAACAGAGUACUUUCAUGGGAACUCAGAGUCUCAUCCUUCUCGCAUAUUCACCGUGGUCAGAGACUUUCUGACGGUUCUUGAUCAAGUGUGUAAAGAGGUUGGUCGUGUCAACGAGAGGACAGUGUACGGGUCCGUACCUAGAGCUUCAACUUCGAACCAGGUGGUCACGCCUCUUUUCCCCGUGGCUAACAAUGACAACAACUCAAAGCUGAGUCACUCUGGUUCUCUAGACAACGAAGAAAAAGAAGACUUGUUCUAAGUGAAAAAUGAUUUGAUUCGGUUGUAUUCUAGUGUGUGUUUUGGUUUCAUGUGAUCCGUACUGAAGAAACAUGUUAUGUGUAUUUAAAUAUUUGAUAGGUGAGAAUUUU